GAGAAAAAUGACGAAGCCUUUAGGUACUACCGGCGAGUUUUUCCGGCGUAGAGAUGAAUGGAGGAAGCAUCCGAUGCUAUCAAACCAGAUGAGACACGCUCUUCCCGGUCUCGGCAUCGGCGUCGCCGCCUUCUGCGUGUAUCUCGUGGGUGAGCAGAUCUACAACAAAGCUCUUGCUCCUUCGAAAUCAUCUCACCACAAUCAGAAACAGCCUGCUCCGUCUCACUGAAUAGCAUUUGAUCUUCUUCGAUCAGAUGCUCCGAACAGUGGCAAGAUGAACGGAAGACUUCUUCUCCAUUUACUGGCUUUCUUGGCUUUGUCUUAAUAAUCUGUUGGCUGUGUUGGACACAACAAAUAAAUUUCUCUAUUGAACUUUGAAUCUUGUUGCGAUUAAACACGUUCUCUUUGUUUUCUUCUAGCCUGACAUUGAAGGUUGUUGCUUUGUCUUGUUUGAUUGUCUUUGUAAUUGUGACGUUGCGAGUAGAAACUCAGAUAAAACUGCGUUGCGUUGGAGACUGUAGCUUUCAGGUUUACGCAGACGCAAGUUUAGUAGUAGUAGAAAAUCCAAGGCGUGUUUGGGUUUCAGAAUAGGCCUGCACGUAAAACAAAAGGCUCAGUAUGUUUAGCAAUGUUAUCACAUUUUGGAAUUAGUAAUUCCAAGUAAGGUGCGUGAUGAUAUGUCGUUGCAGUAUAUUCAGGAAAUAAUAAUGUUAUUGUUUCCAAUUAUUAUAAUGUCUUAAC